AUGGACGCACAAGCAGUUGCCUCGUCUAACAGCGCACCCCUGCUGCUGCUCAGCGCCGGCCGGCCGCGCAGCGUGUCGCCCGUCUCGCCAACGCACGAACUCACCGAUCUGCGCGGCGCGCGGCUGUUCCGCGCCAUCGGCCGGCGUCUCGGCCGCGAGACCGACGAGGACUCUUCGUCCUCGACCGACUCCGACUCGCGGUCCUCCUCGUCCGGGGCCUGCUCCGGCAGCGGCAGCGGCUCUUCCGGCAAGGGAGACAGCGCUACCGGCUCCUCUUCCGGCGCCAGCGGCAGUGGCAGCGACGACUCGGGCGUUGGCUUGAGUCCGCGCACCACAGGGCCGCCGAACGCCAGCGAUGCCUGCGGCCGCUCCGGCGCACACGCCUUCCGCAAGGUGUUCCAGUCGCUCAGCAUCAACGCCCGCAGCCACAGUGCCAGCUGCGCCUCCAGCUCUUCGUCGCCCGCCACGCCGACGGGCCACGCCGGCCGCUCCAGCCGCCUCUCCGUGUCGCCGAAGCGCAUUCUGCGCUCGCCCGUCGCCUACACGUACGUGCGCGGCCUGUCCGGGCUGCCGACACAGCGCGUGCCGCGCGACUACCCCUGCGUGCUGCUACCGCAGCCGGCGUGCUGCAGCGGCAAGUACCCG